CGGCGAAGCCGCGGGCGCGGGGAGCCCUCGGCCGCGCCCCCGCAAAAGCUCCGCGCCCCCCGCUCCGCGGCUUGGCCGCGCAUGGACGCGCGUUCCCGUCUGCACCUAUGCUGUUUGGAGAUGACAACCAAAAGGAAAAUCAUCGGCCGCCUGGUGCCCUGCCGGUGUUUUCGUGGCGAGGAGGAAAUCGUCUCAGUGCUGGAUUACUCUCACUGUGGCCUACAGCAGGUGCCAAAGGAGGUUUUUAACUUUGAGCGGACCUUAGAGGAGCUUUACCUAGAUGCCAAUCAGAUUGAAGAGCUACCCAAGCAACUCUUCAACUGCCAAGCUUUACGCAAGCUGAGUAUACCAGACAAUGACCUUUCCAGCCUGCCCACCACUAUUGCCAGCUUAGUUAACCUCAAGGAACUUGAUAUCAGUAAAAAUGGAAUUCAAGAUUUCCCAGAAAAUAUUAAAUGUUGUAAGUGCUUAACAAUUAUUGAAGCCAGUGUCAACCCUGUCUCGAAGCUGCCAGAUGGCUUCACACAACUUCUAAAUUUGACCCAGCUCUAUCUAAAUGAUGCCUUCUUGGAGUUUCUUCCAGCUAACUUUGGAAGACUCGUCAAAUUGCGAAUUUUGGAGCUAAGAGAAAACCACUUGAAAACUCUACCAAAGUCAAUGCACAAACUGACUCAGCUGGAGAGGCUUGAUCUGGGCAAUAAUGAAUUCUCUGAACUGCCUGAGGUUCUUGAACAAAUCCAGAACCUGAAGGAAUUGUGGAUGGACAACAACUCUUUGCAAAUACUACCUGGGUCUAUAGGGAAGUUAAAACAGCUGGUGUACCUGGAUGUGUCAAAAAACAGGAUAGAAACUGUUGACUUGGACAUAUCAGGAUGUGAAGGACUUGAAGACCUCCUCUUGUCAUCCAACAUGCUGCAGCAACUGCCAGACUCCAUAGGGCUGUUGAAAAGACUCACGACGUUGAAAGUGGAUGACAAUCAGCUCACGAUCCUGCCAAACGCCAUUGGAAAUUUGUCUUUGUUAGAAGAAUUUGACUGCAGCUGCAAUGAGUUGGAGUCCUUGCCUUCCACCAUCGGCUACCUUCACAACCUGAGGACCUUGGCUGUGGAUGAGAAUUUCCUGCCUGAGCUGCCCAGAGAAAUUGGAAGCUGCAAGAACGUGACGGUGAUGUCUCUGCGCUCCAACAAGCUGGAAUUCCUUCCUGAUGAGAUUGGGCAGAUGCAGAAGCUGAGAGUGCUAAAUCUGAGUGAUAACAGACUGAAGAAUUUACCCUUCACUUUUACCAAACUCAAAGAACUUGCAGCUUUGUGGCUUUCUGACAACCAGUCCAAGGCUCUCAUCCCACUGCAGACUGAAGCUCACCCUGAAACAAAGCAGAGAGUGCUGACUAACUACAUGUUUCCCCAGCAACCCCGCAGCGACGAAGAUUUCCAGUCAGACAGUGACAGUUUUAACCCUACCUUGUGGGAGGAGCAGAGACAGCAGAGGAUGACUGUUGCCUUUGAAUUUGAAGAGAAAAAGGAAGAGGAGGAAAAUCCAGGGAAAGUUAAGGUGGAAAUCAACCUGAAACGUUAUCCCACUCCAUACCCAGAGGAUUUAAAGAACAUGGUGAAAUCAGUUCAAAACCUGGUGGGCAAAACAAGCCACGGAGUGCGACCUGAAAACUCAACACCCACUGUCAACAGUGACCCAACAGUGAAAGACAAAUAUGAGCACAAGUGGCCCAUGGCACCAAAGGAGAUUUCAGUGGAGGUUCAAGAUAGAGACAAUAACGAAUUUCCAAAGAGUCCCUUGUCUGAGCCAGACAACAGCUCAGACAAGAAGCUGGAAAGCUCAGACAAGAAGGAGGAGGAAGAGCAUACAAAAAGCUCAGAGGAUGCCUUUGGACAUCCUGCCAGUGAGAUGAGGAUAGGAGAACUUCGUCCUUCCAUGCCAGAGACUCCACUGUACCCUCCCAAACUCGUUCUUCUGGGUAAAGACAAGAAAGAAUCCACAGACGAGUCUGAAGCAGAUAAGAUCCAUUGUCUGAAUAACAGCGUUUCCUCAGGCACUUACUCAGACUAUUCCCCUUCCCAGGCUUCCUCAGGGUCCUCCAACGCCCACGUUAAAAUGGGGUCCUUGCAGACAACGGCUAAAGAAGCAGUGAAUAACUCUUUGUGGGGGAACAGGCUGGCACAGUCCUACCCACAGCCCCUCGAAACAAAGCCAUUGCUGAGCCAGCGGGAAGCGGCUCCGGCGGUGCCGCUGCCGCAGCGCACGGACAGGCGCCCGCUGAGCGACACCUUCCCCGACAGCUGGAACGACAGCUCGCACUACGACAACACGGGCUUCGUGGCGGAGGAGAGCGCGGUGGACAGCCCCAACGCCAACCCCCUCCUGAGCACCAAAACCAGAAGCACCUCGGCGCACGGGCGGAGGCCGCUGAUCAGGCAAGACAGGAUAGUCGGCAUUCCCCUGGAGCUGGAGCAGCCCACGCUCAGAAACACACACGAAUCUGAAGUGCCUCCUCCCAACCCUUGGCAAAAUUGGACCAGAACCCCUAGUCCUUUCGAAGACAGGACAGCUUUUCCUUCCAAACUGGAAAGCACCCCCACCACCAGCCCUUUGCCUGAGCGGAAAGAUCACAUCAAGGAGGCCGUUGAGAUGACCGGCACCUUCCCCCCGGGGAUAGCGUGGGAAUAUCACGAUUCGAACGCUAACCGAAGCCUCACCAAUGUUUUUUCCCACAUCCACUGUCGGCCGGAUCCUUCCAAAAACGUCAUCUCCAUCAGCAAGAGCACGGAGCGCCUGUCCCCCAUGAUGAGGGACCUGAAAACAAACAAGUUCAAGAAGUCGCAGAGCAUCGACGAGAUAGACAUCGGCACGUACAAAGUGUACAACAUCCCCUUGGAAAACUAUGCAUCCGGUAACGACACCGUAGGAACCCACGAGAGGGUGGACAAGCUCCUGGGCCCGGAGCACGGCAUGCUGAGCAUGUCCCGCAGCCAGUCGGUCCCCAUGCUGGACGACGAGCUGCUGACCUACGGCAGCGUCAAGGUGCAGCCGCAGCAGAAGCCGUCCGUCACCAAGAAAGUCUACCAGUUCGACCAAAGCUUCAACCCGCAGGGAGCGGUGGAGGUCACGGCGGAGAAGAGGCUACCGCAGCCUUUCCAGAUCAACCCCGAGUACAUUCCCCAGCAGAGUAAAAACCUGCCCCAGGAGCUGGUCAGCCCCAGGGUGUACCGCGGCUACCCGCCCGUGGAGCACAUGUUCUCCUUCUCCCAGCCGUCGGUGAACGACGAGACGGUCGCUCCCCCCUUCGCGACCCAAGGGUCCCGGCCGGGGUUCUUGAGGAGGGCAGAUUCGUUGGUCAGCUCCACCGAGAUGUCCAUGUUCAGGAGAGUCAGUGAGCCCCACGAGCUGCCCGUGACCGACAGGUAUGGCAGGCCUCCAUACCGAGCGGCUGUGGAGCGCCAGGGCAGCAUGGCGCUCUCUGAGUCUCAGUUCCUCAAGAGGAACGGCAGGUACGAAGACGAGCACCCUUCCUACCAAGAAGUGAAAGCCCAGACCGGGAGCUUUCCGGUUAAAAACCUUACCCAAAGGCGGCCGCUGUCGGCAAGAAGCUACAGUACAGAGAGUUACGGCACGUCCCAAACCAGGCCGGUUUCAGCGAGGCCUACAAUGGCAGCUCUGCUGGAAAAGAUACCUUCAGACUAUAACUUGGGUAACUAUGGCGACAAGCCUUCCGAUAGCAGUGAUAUAAAGACAAGGCCUACCCCUGUGAAGGGAAAUGAGAGCUGUGCUAAAAUGCCCGCUGACUGGAGACAACAGCUACUUAGACAUAUAGAAGCUAGAAGGUUAGACAGGACCGCUGCUUACAAACACAACACAGUUAGCCUUGGCAUGCUGCACUCUGGAGGGUUUUCAGCAAUGCAUGCCGGCAGAAGCAUGACUUUAAACUUGCAGCCUAAAUCUAAAUUUGAAAGCCAAAUGCUUCAAGAGCUACCUCUACCGAAAACCCCAUCGCAGCAGAGCAGCAUCCUGGACAACGGGCAGGAGGAGGUGACCGUGGGCAGCCAGUGGAACCCCUACCCGCUGGGGCGGCGGGACGUGCCACCGGACACCGUCACCAAGAAGGCAGGUAGCCACAUCCAGACCUUGAUGGGCUCGCAAAGCCUGCAGCACCGCAGCCGCGAGCAGCAGCAGCAGCAGCAGCAGCAGCAGCAGCAGCAGCAGCAGCAGUAUGAAGGCAACAUGAACAAGGUCACCAUCCAGCAGUACCAACCACCACUGCCCAUCCAGAUCCCCUCCUCCCAGACCUCCCGGGCACCGCAGACAGGGAGAUGUUUAAUCCAAACCAAGGGGCAGAGGAGCACCGAUGCCUACCAGGAGCAGUUUUGUGUGAGGAUAGAGAAGAAUCCUGGCCUUGGAUUUAGUAUCAGUGGUGGAAUCAGUGGACAAGGAAAUCCAUUCAAACCUUCUGAUAAGGGUAUCUUUGUUACUAGGGUUCAGCCUGAUGGACCAGCAUCCAGCCUGCUCCAGCCUGGCGACAAGAUCCUCCAGGCCAACGGACACAGCUUUGUACAUAUGGAGCACGAGAAAGCUGUUCUACUACUGAAGAGUUUCCAGAACACAGUAGACCUAGUUAUUCAACGUGAGCUUACUGUCUAAAUAUUUUUAUAUCAAUAGCAGAUAUGUCUAAGCCAGACCUAAUGUUCAGAUUUCUAUACAUAGGGUAAAAAAAC